AUGGAGCAAAAAAGGUAAGAGAUUUUUAGUUUCGAAUACAACAUCAAAUUUUUAAAUUCACAAUUUAAAAUUCACAAAAACUGUUUUUCUUUUCUUAAAUACACAAAUUAUUUUCUUAUUUAAAAAUCCUAAAACUCCUAAGUUAUAAAAAACUUGUCUUAUACUCUUCUGACAAAAGAAGUGUCCGUUCUUUGGAAUAGGACAUCAUGCAACUCUGACUCAGUUCAUAUUUCCCCGCGAAUCAAUGCAGCUAGCACAAGCCUAAUUUGGUUGUAACUGAAAGCAUUUUGAAGUGCAUCUCGCACGAUUCUUAAGCUAACGUUGUCUCUCCGUAGCUCAGCAGCAAUAAUAUCUGCUUCUUCAUUAUUUAACUUGAAUUAAAUUGUGGUGCCAGGUCUUGGUAAGAUAAUGGGGCACCAGAACAAUAUCCGUCGAUUGCAUAUACUUCUGCUGUGGCAGUAGCAACGUUCAGGACUCUCGCAAUUACCAGAAAAGAAUUCUCCCCUUUCAUAAACAUUUCAGUUGCUUGAAUCUUUUUCGAUGAGGGCUUAUUUUUGCCGUAGAGUGCUCUCAGAGUUUGAAUGCUCUGCAAGUCAAGAUAAGAGUAAUAAUUUGUGAAAAAAUGUGCAGUUUAGUUCGGAAAUAUAUAAAUGUUGCAUGACCAGCGAGAUUUUCACCAACUUAAACAGCAAAAUAAAAGUUGCUCAUAGAUAAAUAUACCUUCUCGUUCACAUCUGUAGGCCUAGUAGUCAUUCUUGCUAAAUUACGUAUCUGAAUUGAAGGGAAAGUAAUAACAUAUUUACAUGUAUAGUCUAAAUGUUCAAACAUUGUUUAUAUAUGUUGAUUAUAUAGUUUACUAUUGCUUUAUUGGCUGCACGAAUUUGCUUUUACAAAUGUCCUUGAGUUAAAAUUGUAUGAAGACGAAAGCAGAUCUAAAACCUCGUCGAUGUCAGGUUUUUAGCCUUUAGAGUUUAGGACGAAACGCGCUACAGCUAAAAUAAAUAUAUGAAAGCUGCGAAUCGAAAGAGUCUGGCCAAGAUAGCAACAAGAAACACCGGAGAGUAAUAUUUUUCGCAUCAUUUUUAGAUCUUCGUUUUAGAAAAGACUAGUUUUACAUCUCUUUAAAUUGCAUAAAAUUACGACAUAUUUUGACUGACUUUGAAUGGCUUUCUUGUUUUCAUAACACCGGAAGUUACAAAAAAUCAGAACAAUAUUUAUUACCAAUUACACCAAUUUUACGAAAGACAAAACGAUAUAUUCUUUAUAUUUCUAGAGUAGUUAAAAGCACUUACCUGAAAAUAUAGCAGAUUUGAACGGCUUUUCAGCUGAUUUUCUCAAAAGUUUUAACUUUUUUGCUAUUUUGUAAACGCCAUAUACAGCUGACGCGUACGCGACAACGUCAUUUUUUGCAUUGCGUAGGUUUUGAGCGCUUUUCAUCGAAAAGACGCGACAUAGAAAAAAUUCUCCUCUUAAACCUAAAACCUUGGGGUCCAGCGUUGGCAGCGGCGUUGAUAUAAGGGACGCAUAUUUUUUGGUACACCUAUACUAAUAUAUUCACAAUGAGUUGUAUUGAUUUUCUAACGAAUUUCAAGUUCAGUAUUAACCAUUGAGGCAAGAGUGCAAUAAACAGUAUAGUCUAUUUCCAUAUUAUCACAAUAUGAAGAAGAUAUAUUUAUUACUUAUUUCUUGUGUAGUGCUGCCAGACUGAAUGUCCGUGUGCCAAGUGUUGUUUUGAUAAAAAGAGAUGAUCCAUUGCAAAGUAAAGUUGUCUUUGAGGGAGAGUAUGCCGAGGAAGCCAUUAUUCAGUUUGUAAAACACUCAAGUCUUCUGCAAUAUGUACGUUUACGAAAAUUAUACUGUUGUGAUAUCUUUCUUCGUUUCGAAAAAUUUCUUGUGCAAUGAAUGCCAAUAAUUGUCAUGAAACUAGUGCAACAAUUGACUGUCAGACAUUGAAUAUUUGACCCACAUGCAUCCCACAAUGCAUUGCGUAUACCUAAUGCUUGGAUUGAAAAUUGCGUGACGUACAUAAGUACUUAAUUCUAAGGGUUAUUACAAAGUAACCAUCAUGGGAUUUUUGCGCCUUCUAUGUUUAGGGUUUACGUAUAACCACAGGAGUUUUGACUCGUAAAGCACAUUGAUUCAGUAAUGAUAUAGAAUAUUUCCAACUGCAUGUAGGUUUUUCCGAUUGUUUGGGAUAAAAUGUUCUAUAUACAGUUGAUCUUGACUAAAGUGAUACGACUAUGUUACGACUAUGUUCGACGAAUGAUCAGGAAAACAUCAGGACCACUGGUGGUAUAAAAGUUCUAUUCUAGCCAGCUCUUCGAGAUAGUUCAUGCUCUCUCUAGUAAAUCUGUCCAAUUUUAUCGUAUAUGAUUUUAUCAUAAAUACAUUUCUUGAUAUCGAAAUGAUAGAUAGAUUGAUGGACAGACGAACUAUCUUUUCUUUCAUUCUUUGCUCAUGUUUGUCCUGACAAUUAAUAUGGGCUUAGUAUAAAUCAGGUCAUUAAUCUACGAUCGCCCACUAAUAAAAUUCAUGAAGUUGUUCAUGUGUGUAUUUUUUCUUCAGGGAGAGCUGACACCAUUGAACUUUCCGACAUAUUUCAGUAAAGGACAACCAUUUUUGAUUGCUUUCAUAAACAAAGACAAUGACGAAAUUAACUCCCUCAUUACUGAUAUCGUAAAGUCUGCUGAAACAGAUGGAAUGAAUUUCUGUUGGGUUGACAUGUGAGUAUGCCUGAAGAUUGUCGUGACAACUAUUAUAGGAGUAUAGCACUGAAUAAUAAGCAAUUAUUUGAUGAGGCUGAGCAUGAUAUCAAGAAUUAUUCAGACCGAGGUCAAUGUUAUCUGCCGAAGCGAAGCUGAGGCGGAUAACAUGGACCGAGGUCUGAAUAAUUCUUGAUAUCAUGCGAAAGCCGAAUCCAAUAACUUUUUUAUUAUACAUUUAAAGACAUGAGAAACGUAUAAAACGAUUCCGGUUCAUGAGGUAGGAAAAGUACAAUUUCAAUAUCAAACACCUUGCACCAAGUCAAAGGUCAGCUAAAUAUUCUAUUUCUACUUCUAUUUACCCCUUUGUGGCUUUUUUCGUGCUUUCACUAUCCUUAUCUGCCAAUAAUUUGGAGAGUUCACUUUCAUUCAGCGAAGCAAAUCUGCUGUAGGCCAUUGUUUUUUUUUUCGCGCGCGCUUAUAGGUUCAAGCUUUUGGCCGCGCAAGGGUUUGGGCACGAGAGAGUCCAAUAAUUUUUUUUUGGAUGCAAGUUCGAUCCAAAAAAACAAUUAUGGGACGCUGAUGACGUCAUCGGCGGAAAAUACGUAAUAAAUGCCGAAUACUGAAAAUUAGCCGGUGCUUUCUGACCAAUUAAAGCCAGAAUAUAUUUAUAAUGAGAAGAUAUUCUUAAAGCUGUCAAAUUGUUUACAAAUCGAAUUUUCCUGUUUAAAUUAGUUUUAAUGUCAAGCAAAUGCAUUUUCCUAUGUAACUUGGAAGAUAUAUAGAUAGAUACAAAUAUACAGAUAUUUCACAGCACACUCCCUAUCAGGGUUUUUCAAUGACUGGUUACAUUGUGAAUAGAUAGACAGAACCGGAACUGAGGUGAAGCAGACCGAGGUAGACUGUGAGCUUACAAAUGGAGCUUUAAGCAGCCGCUAUUAGUCCAUAUCUCAUUAAUGAUCUGCCCCCUGACCUAUAUGUUUAACCCACCCUGUCAAUAUAUGGCUUCCCACAUCUCUUCUAAUGAGUUUUAGAACGUUUCAAGCACUAUCAAGAUAAUGAGACUUGACUCUUGAGGCAGCCAUUCGUUAUUCACUAGCAAAAUUAAAAAGAAUGACUAUAGUAUAUUAUAUCUAGAAGAAAUUAUUUGAGAAAAAAUGUAACACUACUAAAACAUUGCUAUGGCACUGUUCAGCCGAAUGAAAGACUAUUGAAAAUGUUUGUCUUUCUUAGUUCUGUGAAGGUAAAUCGUGAUAUUCUGGAAGCGUACACUCGAGAAGACAACGACAAAUCUGAAAUAACUUCUGCCAUUGUUCUUGUCAACCAUCAAAAGGUCUGUAUUUUGUGCCCUGUCAGUUCACAUGGUCUGGAGCCAUUUGUUCGAAAUGUUCGCAGCCAACUGCCUGAAAUCUUUAUUCAGAAAUCGUGUCUCGUCUGAAGACUUAAAACAUACAAACGUGAAGAAAUGCACAAACCACAAAAGCGGGUUAAAUUUUAACCAAUGAAGUUAAAACGCUAAUCGCACUUUGAACAGCCGGCCCGUGGACGAUAAAAGUGGGUUGUUUACAGCAUAUGUUUGUGAUGUCCCGAGGCGAAUGCAAGUAGGAGAUCAGAUGCAUUGCAAAUUGUCGUUAAACUUGAAAAUAAGAUAGUGGUCUGUUUUGAAGAUGAAAUGCUAGGGCGUAAAAAAAAAAAUACCUGUGGUUCCGGUUCCCGACCGACCCUAUUUUUUUCUGCCGACCCUAUUAUUUUUUCAACGCAAUUGACCGUGCGACCCUAUUUUCUUCGGGUGGUUGCGGGCUGCUCAUGCAGCGUGCCAAAAUGGCGUCUGUUGUCACACUAAUUAUUGAACCAAAUUGCCUAAAUUCGUCCAUGGGAAAUACGCAUCUCUAGUUAAUAUUGAUGUCGGGACUCUACUGCAAAUCGCCCAGCAAAAAAACGGCAAAACCAUGAAAAAAAAUAUUUAAAAAAAUAUAUAUUUCCGACCUACCGACCCUAAUUUUUUCACGAUAUGAAACCGGAACCACAGGUAUUUUUUUUUACGCCUAGAGUGCGCUAUUAGAAUGGUCAGAUUGGUAAUGCAGUGAUAGAUAGAUAGAUAUAGAUGGUUUGUUGAGGUAAAAUUUUGCAGCCUUGAAGUAGCUGAAUUAUGAGUACCUUUACAAAGCAUUACUUUACGGAAAGAACUGAAUUCAGUAUUUCAUGUUUUAGGGCGCAACGUACACCUACAAGGGUGAGCUACAGAAGGAAAGCUUAGUAUCUUGGAUAAAGGCUUGUUUAUCUGGAUCACAAGAGUUCACAGGUAAAGAUAUAAGUGCCUAAAUCAUAAACGGAAGGGAAUCGGCCGUUGUAAUAAUGUACACUUUUCACCCACUCAUGGUUAUAAUGAUCGCAACAUAGAAUAUAUAAUACUUUUGUUGGCGACAGCGUCUCCGCGAUCAGAACGUCCAUUCUAAACCAAAAAUAUACUUAUCGACGUUUCGAGCAAAAUCCCUUUCUCUUGACGCCUUGGCUCGUACAUUUGAGUAUAUUUUGUCUGAUUAGAAUUGACUGGCUGUUUUAAGGAUGUUGUAGUUUCUUGUUCAUUUUAUAUUACAUUCAAAAAUCACUUGCAAAAAUGAUUAUUUGAAUUUGUUGGAAAACACUGUUUGCUUCCUGGGACGCCAAAUUUUUUCCACGAAUUUAAAAGGGUGGCGGGUAAACAUUCGAGGAAUGAAUGAAAUUUACAAAUUGUUCCUCAACGAGAUAGCUUUUUGCUGAUGUUACUCUGAGUGUGUCCACAUUGGGCAAGCUGAAAAAUUGCUUCACCGCGGUGGGAAUCGAACCCGCAACCUUUGGCCGUACGACGCUCUACCAACUGAUGAGCUACGAGGUCAAGUCAGUUCCAGUAAGUGAUAUUUCAGAAGCCAAAACUCAUUCUAGUUUCUUUGAUAUCUGUAUAUUUCUUGUGAUGUAACGUCUGGUGGUUGUAGUGUGUUAACGAAUCACAGUCAACCGUGAUGCUUCGCGCGCUAUGUGAAUGUUUACUUAAUACAGGGAGCUAAAAAUAGUGUUGUCUUCGAAAAUAGUCGUACACUAAGAAUGAUAUGCAUUAGCUUUAUUAUAAACAAAAAACAUUAAUACUUUUACCCGCUGGUGUUUUGAUGAAAUCUUGAUUCCUGCCCCAUCGCCUGCUACGUUCACGCAGUUCGUCCAUGCUUUGAUGGAGCAGGAUUUCGGCAAACUCGCUAUGCGAGAGCCCCGUAUUCCCAGGCUUUCUUUCCUUUCUGUCCAAAGGACGUACGUUAACUUGUCAACGAUAUUCUUUUUGAUUUACCCUCACUUGUUGGUCUUCCACGAACGGGAAAUACAGAAGCCAUGAUUAGUCAUCUACUUUAUAAACUGAGAAAACUUUCUAAAAUCAUUGGUUAAAAUAAACACACACGCCAAAUUCUUCCAACUAUGAAAAUAUGACAUCGUCUAAGAAUAAUGCAGAUUGAUAAGCAUACGCUUCGGAUAUCAAUCUUUCGUCACUAAAUUGGCUAAUAAAAUGGAAUACAAAACAAUCAAAACAUUUUAGCGCGCAAAACAUCACGGUUGACUGUGAUUCUUUAAACAAAGAGUCUUUAAUUUUUGCUGAUUAGUGAAUCCACCGUGGUGAAGCAAUUUUUUAGUUUAUCUGGUGUGGGGAGAUGCACUUAGAGUAACAUCAGUAAAAAAUUAAACACCUGAGUUCAACACCACAACCACCAAUUAUUUCUGAGGAUGUGCGAUGGCUUAAAGUGACAUUUUCACCUAGGUAAACUUGAAACAAGUGAAUGGAAGCCUCGACUUGAAGGUUACGACUUCUUGGCGAAGAUAAAAGAAGAGGCUGAAAAUGAUGAAGGAGAUGAUGAUAAAUCUUCAGAUCCAUGGGAAGACUCUGAAUCAACUGAAAAUGACGACGAUGGUGACGAAGGAAAAUCACACGAAUAUCAGUCCGAGACCAAUCCGCAUAAUGCAAGAUUCCACGACGCAUUUCAUGCCAAGAAACAGUCAAGACUCGAUCAACGUCGUCGGAUCAUGCAGAAACCCGUCCAUGAAGCGCAUACUGAAUUAUGA